AUGGAGAGAUCAAAGAAGAAAGCAGAAAAGAUAGAAUUGAUGGAAAAUCUUCCAGAUGAUAUGAUUGUGGAAGUCCUCUCGAGAUUACCAGCUAAGUCUAUAAAGGUUUCGUUGUGUUUGCAAGUUAUGUCUGCUUUGAUAUGCCCUCACUUCAUUAGAUUGAGCAAAAACCGUCACAAUCUUUUUCUUUUGUUUGAGCAACACUACACCAUUUUAGAUUUAUAUGAAGCAACUUCUGAUGUUGUUGCGACCAAUGCUUCAAUGGUGAGGUUGAGCACUGCCAAGGUUUCUGAUUUUGGAUUGGCCAAGUUGCUCGGAGCUGGCAAAAGCGAUGUAAAGACUCGAGUUAUGGGUACCUUUGGAUAUGAGGCUCCUGAAUAUGCAAAUACUGGACUUUUGAAUGAAAAGAGUGAUGUUCAUAGCUUUGGGGUUGUGCUCUUAGAAGCAAUUACUGGAAGAGAUCCUGUAGACUAUGGCUGCCCUACUCACGAGAUGGAUGGUGCAAUUAUUCCAGAACAACUGAUAGUUGAUCACUUUGGAAGGGAUGACCACCCUGAAUUUAAGUUGGAGGUGAUGAGGUCCAAGAGUAAAAUCGCGGCAUGGCUAUAA